GUCCCCAGCCAUUGGCGGCAGCUUGCAGCAGGGCCUGGGACCCAGGCGCGGAGCAUCUACUGUGUUGCCCCUUCCCCGGGAUCUGGUGGCAGGAAAGGUGUGGACCGCAGCCUGGGCAGCCUGUGCUCCAGGGAUGAACCUUCCAGAGGCUGACCCCCGGGACUGCCGGAGUACACUCGGGCACAUGGCGGCUUGGCUGCGGAGAAGGCUGCGGGGCCGGAAGCGGCCGGUGCUGGCGUCCUGCCUCUUGCUGGUCCUGUCUGCAGUGGCUGUCACCCACUUUCCCCCAGAGCAUCCAGCUUUCACCCCAGGACGUGGUCCCAGGGAGCCUCGGGCGGAAACUGGCGUGCCUAACGCCGGUGCUCGGCAGACUCCGAACUGGAGGCAGCGGCUGGGGAAGCUCUGGAGGGGCCGGGCUUGGCCCAGAAAUUCUACCGUGGUCUGUGCCGAGGAGCAAGUCCACGGAGGGCGAGUGGACAGAAACAGACACCCGCUGGGGGUCCGGAGAGAUGUCACUGUGGCGGGAGAGAGGACGCUCAGCGCCCAGCAUCCUGCGCUUCUGAUGGAGGAUGGGGCCAAAGAGGCAGGAGGGGCAGCCCUGGACCCGCCUGGGCAGGAUGGUCCCGUCCAGACACAGAGUAAGGCCGACCCCCAGGUUGCCCGGCUCUCGGGGAGCAGCCAGGCAGCUGUCCGGGCGCCGAGCGUCAGGCCCCAGCCGGGGGUGCCCUUGCCAGGAGCCAAGGACAGAGCCUUGAGCGGUGGGAAGGCUGGGGGCGCCUCCGAGUCGGCGGCUCAUUGGUGGCCUGGCUCCGCGGGGGAGCUGCGGACGUCCGCGUGGUGCCGCACGGAGAGCGCGGGGCCGGCCGGCGCUGCGCCCGCGGGCCGGGCCCCACCGUGGUUCACCGAGCGUGACGUGCGGACUCUCGGGCUGCUGGCCCGCGGGGAGGUGGUGGGCACCGCCAGGGUCCCUGCGCACGGGCAGGUGCUGCAGGUCGGACUGUCUGCCCGGCGGGGCGCGCCGCCUCUCCGCCUCAGCCAGCUCUGCGCCCAGGGCCUCUGCGGCCUGAUCAAGAGGCCCGGGGACCUGCACGAGGUCUUGUCCUUCCACGUGGACCGGGUGCUGGGACUCCGGCGGAGCCUGCCGGCCGUAGCCCGCCGCUUCCGCAGCCCGCUGCUGCCCUACCGCUUCACGGAUGGCAGCCCGAGGCCCGUCAUCUGGUGGGCGCCGGACGUGCGGCACCUGGGAGACCCGGAGGAGGACCAGAACUCCCUGGCCUUGGGCUGGCUGCAGUACCAGGCCCUGCUGGCCCGGGGCUGCGGCUCCUCGUGCCUGGGCGUCCAGCACGCGGAGUGGGCACGUUUGGCACUCUUUGACUUCCUGCUGCAGGUCCACGACCGCCUGGACCGCUACUGCUGUGGCUUUGAGCCUGAGCCGUCAGACCCCUGCGUGGAAGAGGGCCUCCGGGAGAAGUGCCGGAACCCGGAGGAGCUGCGGCUUGUCCACAUCCUGGUCCGGAGCACCGAUCCCUCUCACCUGGUGUACAUAGACAAUGCCGGCCGGCUUCAGCAUCCGGAGGACAAGCUGAACUUUCGGCUGCUGGAAGGCAUAAAUGGGUUUCCCGAGUCCGCUGUGAAGGUUCUUGCAUCCGGGUGUCUUCCGAACCUGCUGCUCAAGUCGCUGCAGGUGGACCCGGUGCUCUGGGAGGGCCAAGGUGGAGCCGGGGGCCUGAAGCAUAUCCUUGCGACACUGGAGAGGAGGGCACAGGUCCUGCUGACACACAUCCAGACGCACAACCUCACGCUGUUCAGAGAGCAGGGCCCCUGAGCCCACUGCUGUCUGGGCAGAGCACACCUACUGGAGGACUUCCUGUAAGCCUAAGCUGGUGAGUGCUCCCAGGCCUUGACAGCAGCCCACACCCCAUGACAAGUGGGAGGAGCCAGAGCGGAGGGAGCUUACUGCCAGGGGAGGGCUCGCCUGCUGGGCACCGCGGAGGGCCCACUCCCUGUCUCACUCCCUGUCCACGUUCUCAGCUCUGCUUAUUACUCACGCAUCAAUAAACAUGUUCAAGAGUGUCCUAUGAACCAUCCCUGAACACGUGCUGUGUGUGCAUGUGAGCCCACACGCAGGCACAU